AGUCAUCGUCUGCAUCUACUCAAAGUGUAUGAUCAGCCUGCAAAAUACUGAACCAGUUGGUGAGAUUUAAUCAUGAGUUGGCGUUGUGUUAUAUGCCUUGUAUUUGUGGCUCUUACUUUGAGAAUGCUUCUUGGACAUGUUAAUUCAAGACAUGGUAGAAGUCCUAAUUUCCAUGUCACCUGUGGAGUAGAUGGCUGUGCAGCAGAUUAUAGAGUAUACAACUCAUUUUUCUAUCACCUAAAACGCAAGCACACAGCAUUUUUGGCUAGUGGUCGCCCACCAAGGCGUUCAGCCUUCCCAUAUGCGGAUUCAACUAGGCUUGGCGAAGAAAACUAUGAUAUUCCCAUUUUUCACGGCUGUGUCACCUCGGAUGGCACGCGGGCGGCACCAUCACAGCAGGAGGGACUGGAUGGAUGGGAUACCGUACCAGAGCAUGGUCAUACAGGCACCCAAAACCCAGUGGAGGAGACAGGACAGGACAGCAAUCUGGGGCCCAUGCCCAUUGAGAAUCCAGAAAACUUGGGAGAGGCAUCCUUUGGUGUGUUUGGCCACAGUCUGACCCAGCAUGCUGCAGCAUUUUCUCUGAAUGUCCGUGAGAGAUGUUACUUAUCUCAGGGGAAUGUCAACAGUGUUGUUGCUGAUGUGCAACAGUAUCAAGCCUCCCUUCUGGACAACUUGAGGGGCCAAAUCAAAAACACCUUUGACACCCAUGUUGGAAAUAAGGAGAAGCUCCAAACAGCAGUCCUGGCAGUGUUUGAUGAUUUUAAAGACCCCUUCACAAAAGUCUCAUCUACGCAUCUACAGGACAGUAGCAUUCGGCAUUUUUUUCACCCUGUUGAGCCUGAGGAGGUGGUCAUAUCACAGACUGCAUGUAGAGUUAAAGGAGGAAAUUCAAGAGCUCUUACCAUUAAGACUAACUCAUUUUAUUAUGUUCCGUUAUUCAAGAGCCUUGAGGAGUUGUUUUCUGAUCCCCGGAUAUUCACAAUGAUAAGCUGCAUACCUAAGCGGUGUAAAGAGGGGUUUUUAUAUGAUAUUGCUGAUGGUGAAUUUCUUAGGCACCACCCACUUUUUUCUGUCAGACAUGCUGCGUUGCAGUUGAUUUUAUAUACAGACGAGAUUGAAAUAUGCAAUCCACUUGGAUCACAUGCAACAAUGAAUAAACUGUUAAUGGUUUAUUACACGUUAGGAAACAUAGAUCCUAAGCAUAGAUCAAAACUGUCUGCAAUUCGAUUACUAGCCAUUGCAAGAUCAAGGGACCUGUCUCAGUGUGGUGUGGAUGUGAUUUUAGAUAGAAUCAAAAAAGAUUUGGAUGUGUUGUACCACGGUGUUAAAAUCCAAACAGCUGUUGGUGAGAGGACCAUGUAUGGGGCUGUGGUUUCCAUUUGUGGGGAUACAUUAGCUCAGCAUGAAUUUGCAGGUUUUAAAGAGGGUGUAGGUUUUGCUCUUUGUAAAUGUAGGCAUUGUGAGUGCACAGCAGAUGACAUGCAGACUAACUUUGAUGAGAAUUUUUUCAACAAAAGAACAGUGGAAAGACAUUUGAGACAGUGUUUUGAUAUUGAGAAGGCCAAAACCGAAUUUGUAAAGAACAAUUUAAAAACAACUUAUGGGAUCAACAGGAGAAGUACAUUGGUUGAUUUUCCUGGCUUUAAUCUUAUUGAGCAGACCCCACAAGAUAUUAUGCAUAUUAUUCUUGAAGGGGUCGCCCCUAUGGAGAUCAAAUGUGUGCUAAAACAACUCACUAUUAGCGGGCUGGUAGAACUGGAAGCAUUUAAUUCAGCUAUGUACUGUUUCCCUUACUCUCCUCUUGAUCUUCGAGACAGACCAUGUCCCAUUAGUGUUUCUACACUGACCUCAAAUGACAACAGACUGAAACAAUCUUCAGGACAAAUGCUUAUCCUUUUGAAAAUACUGCCAUUUUUGCUCUAUAACAUCAAAGAGAGUUUAUUUGUGCAGUUUAUCAUUGGAUUGGUAGAGAUAACACAGAUCCUGUUUGCACCAGUCAUCUCUCUUCAAACAGUUACAAACCUUAAAGAACUGAUCGAGCAGCAUUUGAAGUCAUUUAAGCAGCUUUUCCCAGAAAACAAUAUUAUACCAAAACAGCAUUAUUUGCUUCAUCUUCCUUCACAGAUUAUGGCUUUGGGUCCUAUGGUUAGACACAUGUGUAUGAGGUUUGAAUCUAAACAUAGGUUUUUUUAAACGCUGGGCUUCAAAAUUGAAUUUUAAGAACAUUUGUAAGACAUUAGUUCAGCACAAUCAGAGGUUUGAAUGCUCUCACAAUGUGAAUGGAAGGCAACACCCAAUUUUUUCAAAUGAGAAGGAUCUGGGCCCAACAUCUGAAGUGGUGAACACAGAAUAUGUGCUAUUAAAACUGAGAGACUACAUUGGUAUUGAUACUAAUGAUGUGCAAACUGUUGUGUCACUCAAAUGGCUUAUCCUGAAUGGAAACAAGUAUACAAGUCAUAAGUCAUCGAUAAUCAGUGGUGUUAAUGACCAGCAUCUACCAGUAUUUGGGCUAAUCAAAGAUAUCUGGCUGGUGAACAGUAAUUUGUACUGCUUUGAAUCUCAACUCUAUGACACUUUGGGAUUCAGCAAAGAUUUGCUUGCGUAUGAAGUAGACAUCCCUAAUCUUGCACAAGCCACAGAGGUAGUUGAUGCUGAGAAGCUAGUUGAUUUUACAGCUUAUUAUGCAGUUACCUUUAAGGACCACCAGUAUGUUCCAAUCAAGUACAACCUCCACGAUGUUCUGGAAAUGAGCUCUUAAGCUUGUGAUAAGGUCUCUUGGUGUUACCAGUACGUCUGGACAAUCUAUCAAUAUGUUAGUAUUGUGAAAUGAGAUUAAUGUGGUGAUAUGACAUAAAUAUCAAUAUUGAGGCAUACAGUCAAAGAUGUUGUGAUAUGUGACUUUGUCUAUAUCACUCAGCCAUACUUGGUGUGUAAGAACUGUUCAUGUUUGCAUGUGUACUGUUUCAUGGAUUGUUUGUAACAGUUUGGUGUGAUAUUUGAAAAGCAUCACAACCACAGAAAUUAAGAAAUAUAGUUCUUUGUUCAAUACUGUUCUUGCCAUUUUUUAAAAUUGUAUGCAAAAACCAAAAAGGCAUUUGUACAUAGACAUCCCUCUUGCUUAAUGAAAUGUGUGUGACAGUCAUUAAAAGCGAUGUAAACAA